AUGAGUAAAACAGCCCUCCUCGUGAUGGACUACCAGGCCGGCAUUAUCUCUCGCUUGCCGUUGCCCACAGACCAUCUCCAGCGCCUCGCAAAAACAAUCGAUACUGCACGUCCUCAUGUCAAGGUCAUCUACGUCACAGUCGCCUUUCGCCCCGGUCAUCCCGAGAUUUCAGCUUCAAAUGCCACCUUCAGCGCUGCUAAGCAGAACAAUUUGUACAUAAGCGGCUCCCCCGAGACUCAAAUUGAUCCGGCUAUCGCCCCCAAAGAGGGCGACAUUCUCAUUGAGAAGAAGCGUGUUAGUGCAUUUACCGGCAGUGGCUUGGAUCUUGUCCUGAAAGGCCUGGGUGUUGAGACAUUGGUGUUGGCGGGKAUCAGCACUGGAGGUGUGGUUCUUUCGACCGUUUGUGAAGCGGCGGAUAAGGAUUUCAAACUUGUUAUCCUGAAGGAUCUCUGUGCGGAUGGUAAUGAGGAUCUUCAUAAUACACUGUUGAACAAUAUUUUCAAGAAGAGAGGAGAGGUCUUGGAAGCUGAGGAGUGGUUGCAGAGAUUCGACGCCUGA